AUGUGGAAGCUACUGCAAUCGCGUUGCUGCUGCUGGUGGAUUUUCUCUCUUAUUUUGCCAGCCUUCGCGCUCCUCUGGGCCGAUUGUCAUCCUGCACCAACAGGAUGCCAAGCCGAGUCCCAAGCCCCUGUCCACGGCCUUCGCAGAGCCACAGCUGGUGGGACACGACUCCGGAGAGCUGCCACCGAGGAGGCCUACUGGGCUUACUCAGGUAUAUAUGGGCCAGACGAGGGCUGGGCGUCUGCCUACCCAGAAUGCAGAGAGAAAAACCAGUCACCAAUCAACAUUGUGGACCAGGAUACCAAAGUAUCCACAGACUAUCAGGAACUGACACUGGAGGGCCUUGAUACGGAAUCCUCUAAUAAGACGUCCAUGAAGAACACCGGCAAAACAGUGGCCAUUAUGUUGAAGGAUGAUUACUUUGUUCGAGGAGCAGGCCUACCAGGGAGAUUUAAGGCAGAAAAAGUGGAGUUUCACUGGGGUCCAAGCAACGGAUCGGAGGGCUCGGAACACAGCAUCAACGGCCGACGCUACCCUGUGGAGAUGCAGAUCUACAUGUACAACUCAGAUGACUUCGACAGUCUCAGCGCAGCGCUCAGGGAGAAGAGGAUCAUCGCAGCCAUGGCUGUGUUUUUCCAGGUGGGAGGGAAGGACAAUCCUGCUGUCGACCCCAUAAUCCAUGGUCUGAAGGGUGUGGUCCAUCAUGAAAAAGAGACUUUCCUGGAACCAUUUGUGCUCAAGGACCUACUGCCAUCCACUCUGGGAAGUUACUACCGCUAUACCGGCUCUCUGACCACUCCGCCCUGCAGUAAGGUGGUGGAGUGGAUCAUCUUCAGUAGACCUAUCUACGUCUCAUACAAACAGUUGGAGGCUUUCUACUCUAUCUUCACCACAGAGCAGCAGGACCAUGUUAAGUCAGUGGAGUAUCUGCGCAGCAACUUCAGGCCCAUCCAGAACCUGGAUAAUCGCCACGUCUUCAAAUCAGCUGUCAAAGACGCCUGGCUACCGGACCUGACUGACAGCGCCAGCGGGCCAUAUGGCACGGAGGCUUCCAAAGUGUGCAGCAGCGCUCCCAUCAACAUGAAGGUGCAGCAUGUGAACGGCAGCGCUCUGGUGGUCCGCUGGACCCGUCCGGAGGUCACCUACCACCCACCCAUCCUCCACUUCCUGGUGUCCUACAGCUGGACGGCCCAUGACGACAGCUACGAGGAGACGCAUCUCACCGACGCCAAACACAAACUGGAGGCCAUCAUCUCUCCUGUCUCCCCCGAUGUACUGUACCUGUUUCGGGUCCAGGCCGUUUGCAUGAACGACAUGCGCAGUGACUUCAGCCAGAGCAUGCUCUUCAGAGCAAACACCACCAGGAUCUUUGAGGGGACGAGAAUUGUGAAAACUGGAAUGCCAACAGUCUCUCCAGCCUCCUCAGCUGACAUGGCUCCCAUUUCCUCCGGCUCAUCUACCUGGACUUCCUCAGGCAUCCCCUUCUCCUUCGUCUCCAUGGCGACAGGCAUCGGCCCGUCCUCCAGCGGGAGCCAGGCGACGGUGGCGUCCGUGGUGACCAGCACCUUACUGGCUGGGCUGGGCUUCAGCGGUGGCGUCAUCUCCUCUUUUCCCAGCUCUGUUUGGCCGAGCAGAGCCCCGAGCCGGAGUCCCACCACAGCACGCCAGACCGCAGAGCCCACCAAAGACGUCGCCACCUCUGCCUCUGCUGUCGUUGCGGCUGCAGCCAAAGAUAACAGUGAACCUGGGGGUGAGGACAAGGAGACAGGAAAGGGUCAAGGAGAGGAUGGAGAGAGGGAAGGAGAGGACAAGGAUGAAGAGGAGGAAGAGGAAGAGAAAGACGGGAAGAAGGAGAGGAAAGGAUCAGGACGUGUGGGCAAAGUAGGGAGGAGGGAACACAGCACAGCGGUCAAUGAGCCUCCCAGCGAGACGCCAGACUCCACCGCAAAGGAGAAAAAACAGACUGAACCGGAUCCAACUAGAGUCAAAGACCAGCUGAAGGCGUAUACCCACAAUCUACUUGACUUUAACCCCACUACCACCACAGAGGCAGCCAAUGAAACAGCAGCGCUCCCUGCUCCCCAGGACCCCACAGCGACACUGAGACCCAGCACAGGGAGGGACAAGAAGCACUGGCCUUUCUCCAUUCACACCGGGAGGAGAUGCAGAGUUAGUGAGGAUGAGAGCCAGCUGUGGUGCAGUGCAGGGCCCCGGUCUGAUGUAAUGUUCGGCUCCAGGCAAAGCUGCAGAAUGAAGGCCACGGGGGCCGGCGUCAGCUCCGUUAACGUCAUGGCUGCAGCAGCUGAACUGGACCGUCCCAGUGCGGUGACCAAUCUGACCGGCCAGGCCAGGCCUGGGUCUGGGACAGGGCUGGGCCGCGUGGAGUGGCUGGUACCUUUGGUGGUGGUCUCAGCCCUGACCUUCCUCUGCCUCGUCCUCCUGCUGGCUGUGCUCGUCUACUGGAGGCGCUGUUUCCAGUCAGCUGAUUUCUAUGUGGAGGACAGCAGUUCGCCCAGGGUGGUGUCCAAUGAGACGAUCCCUGCCAUCCCCAUCCCAGAUGACAUGGAAGCCAUUCCAGUCAAGCAGUUCAUCAAACACGUCUCUGAGCUCUACUCAAAUAACCAACAUGGAUUCUCUGAAGAUUUUGAGGAGGUUCAGCGGUGCACUGCCGACAUGAAGAUCACAUCAGAGCACUCCAACCACCCUGACAACAAGCACAAGAACAGAUACAUCAACAUAGUGGCCUAUGACCACAGCCGGGUGAAGCUAAGGCUGCUCGCUGGGAAGGACUCCAAACACACCGACUACAUCAAUGCCAACUAUGUGGAUGGUUAUAAUAAGACUCAAGCCUACAUCGCAGCCCAGGGACCUCUCAAGUCCACCUUUGAGGACUUUUGGCGAAUGGUGUGGGAGCAAAAUACUGGCGUCAUCGUCAUGAUCACCAACUUAGUGGAGAAAGGACGGAGAAAAUGUGACCAGUACUGGCCAACGGAGAACAGCGAAGAGUAUGGCAACAUGGUCGUCACAUUGAAGAGCACCAAAAUUCACGCCUGCUACACCGUUCGCCGUUUCACACUGCGCAACGCAAAAGUCAAAAAGGCUGGGAAGGGGAAUGCUAAGGCUUGGGCUCAGAAUGAACGGACCGUGCUCCAGUAUCAUUACACCCAGUGGCCAGACAUGGGUGUCCCAGAGUACACCCUGCCUGUCCUCGCCUUUGUCCGCAGGUCCUCAGCUGCCCAGAUGCCCGAUAUGGGACCCAUGCUCGUUCACUGCAGUGCCGGAGUGGGUCGGACAGGGACGUACAUCGUCAUCGACAGCAUGCUGCAGCAGAUCAAAGACAAGAGCACAGUAAAUGUACUCGGCUUCCUCAAACACAUACGCACCCAGCGCAACUACCUUGUCCAGACUGAGGAGCAGUACAUCUUCAUCCACAAUGCCUUGAUGGAAGCUAUUUUGGGGAAGGAGACAGAAAUGGCGGCCAGCCAGCUUCAGAGCUACUUCACCAGCAUCACGACACCAGGACACAACGGCCAGACACGUCUGGAUAAACAAUUCAAGCUGGUAACACAGUGCAAUGCUAGAUUCAUGGAAUGCUUCAACGCUCAGAAGGAGUGCAACAAAGAGAAAAACCGGAAUUCCUCUGUGGUGCCAUCGGAGGGAGCAAGGGUCGGCCUGUCACCUUUGCCUGGCAUCAAAGGAACCGAUUACAUUAACGCCUCUUACAUCAUGGGCUACUACCGGAGUAAUGAAUUCAUAAUUACCCAGCAUCCUCUGCCCCACACCACAAAAGACUUCUGGAGAAUGAUCUGGGACCACAAUGCACAAAUUAUUGUUAUGCUGCCUGCCAACCACGGACUGGCGGAGGAUGAGUUUGUGUACUGGCCCAGUCGGGAGGAGGCCAUGAACUGUGAAGCGUUCACUGUCACCCUCAUCAGUAAAGACCGACUCUGUCUGUCCAACGAGGAGCAGAUCAGCAUCCAUGACUUCAUCCUCGAAGCUACACAGGAUGACUAUGUAUUAGAGGUUCGUCACUUUCAGUGCCCCAAGUGGCCGAACCCUGAUGCACCCAUCAGCAGCACCUUUGAGCUCAUCAACAUCAUCAAAGAGGAGGCGGCCACCCGUGACGGACCAACCAUCGUCCACGACGAGUUGGGAACAGUGUCAGCUGGCAUGUUGUGUGCCCUCACCACCCUGUCUCAGCAGCUGGAGAGCGAGGGCACCGUCGACAUCUACCAAGUGGCCAAGAUGAUCAACCUCAUGAGGCCAGGAGUCUUCACAGACACUGACCAGUACCAGUACCUAUACAAAGCUCUGCUCAGCCUCAUUAGCACCACGGAGAACAGCUCUGGACCUCUGGCGAGGGACAUUAACGGGACCAUGGUGUCUAUGUCCGACCAGUCCGACCAGGCAGAGAGCAUGGAGUCAUUGGUGUGAGAGAGGCCCCUUCAGAACCCCGGAGCUGAGCUGAGGGCAUCCUGUGGUGGGUCCAAACACCCUGAGAGGUCCCCCAAACCCACAAAGGAGGCACUUAACUUUGUAAAACGGAACUAUAGCGGACAAGACUUUUUGAGGCCUUUUUUGCCAGACUCUUGGUUAAAAUGAAUAACCUGAUUACUUUUUUACACUGAUAAAAAGUUUUUGAUAUUUAUUUUUUUUCGCCAUUUUAUGUCUUAAUGUUCUCCUACUGAAGGGUUUGCACCUGCAUUUUUAAGUUUCACAACGGCGUCGGUAGGCAACGAGAAACACUUUUCUGUCUUUUCUUGUUUGCACUAUAUAAUGUCAGUGUUACUGCCUAUACUAAAGCUGACUCACUUGGCUUUUCUUCACUUGAGCUCUGAUUUUUUUUUUCUUUUUUUUUUGACAUUCCACGCCUAUGGCCCUUAUUAAACCAACUGCUUCUGUGAAGGACUUUGUUCUGCCUGCUACCUACCAGUUAAGGCAGCGGAUGGAGGACGGCGCAGACUCUCAGCCUCAGUAACAAAAUGCUGGUCGACUUCAGCUCAGUAUUACCUCCUCCACCCUGCUCAUCUAUAAUACUCAUAUUACCACUCAUUUAUCACAAGAACCAAGAUCUUUAAACCUAUUGCCACAGACAAGUAGCGCUUUUUUUCUGAAAGUAAUUUCCUCUUAACUUUUUUUUUCUUUUGCCUUGUUUUGUCGUCACUCUCUCUCUUAUUAGCGAGUCACACCCAUGUUAGAAUUACCUAUGGUGGUGUAACAACUGCUACUGUGAAC